CUUCAUGCCGCCGUGUAUUUUAGUAUUCUUACACAAUUUUACGUACUUAUUUUAGCCUACAUAGCGUCGCGUGGCGGUUAUUACGCAAUAAUCGCACGCUUAUUCUUUAUUUCUUGUUUUUAUUUCGCGGAAGUGAGCUUUGUUGUGUUUGUGUAGUUAAUAGCACACACAACUAAACAUUUUCACCGUAAGGUAACGUUUUUUGAAAAAGGAGACGGUAGCACUAAAUCUAUUCUCAGUUUAAAAUGGAGGACGACGCUCCAGUUAUUUAUGGACUGGAAUUUCAGGCACGAGCACUUACUGCACAGGCUGCCGAAACUGAUGCUAUUCGUUUCCUGGUGGGCACACAGUCACUAAAAUUUGACAACCAAAUCCACAUCAUUGACUUUGAUGAUGAGAAUAACAUCAUUAAUAAGAAUGUCCUUCUGCACCAAGCUGGGGAGAUAUGGCACAUUGGUGCAAGUCCUGCAGAUAAGUCUGUGCUUACCACCUGCUAUAACAAAACUAGUGACAGUAGGGUGCUAUCCUGUGCAGCAGUGUGGAAGAUGCCCUCAGACUGGGAAAUGGGGAGCCAUGAGUCAUCUGACGACUCUGCCCACAAUCCCCAAGCACUGGAGCUGCUCUGUCGGCUUGAUGACACCACUCAUGGCAAUGCUGCUUGUGUGCUGUGGGAGCCCAUGGGGGAUGGCAAGCGUGUGAUUUCAUUGGCUGAUAACCAUGCACUACUCUGGGACCUGCAGGAGAGCUCCACACAGGCCACAGUCUCCAACAUUGCCUCUCUGGAAGGCAAAGGUCAGCUCAGAUUUACUUCAGGCAAAUGGAGUCCCCACCACAACUGCAGUCAACUUGCCACAGCAAACGACACAGCCAUACGAGGCUGGGAUCUUCGAACUAUGAGGCUGGUGCAUCCCAGCUACCGAAACGCAAGGAGAUUGCUUUUAAAACUGAGACACCACUGUGGGCAAAUGGCUACCUUGUACAACAGUUGUUGCACCUCACCUCAGGAGCAGAGCCAUGUUAAGGCUGUCAAAGAUGACCUCACUAAGAAGUUAGUGGCCAGAGAUUUGCAAAAGAUCCUGCUAUCAGAUUAUGAAGCGAACAUCAGCCAGACCUCCAUACGCUACGCCCGCAGAAGGUUGGGAUGGAAGUUCACCAAAACAGAGUUUUGUCCGAUGAUACGCAAACACCACAAAGAAGUGUGACUGAGACAGGCUCAGCAGUGGAUAGAGGUUGAUUUCCAAACUGCGACCUAAACAUCCCCUCAAACUCCAUGUUUGGGAAAUGAUUUCUGGGGACCAGGACCCAUGAUUAUUUUCGAGGAGUCCAUAAUCAAACGCAUAGUGGGGCCAUACAUAAGAAAGUGUUUUGGAACGCGACAUCAUUUUUUCCAGGACAACGAACCCAAACAUGUCCCUGCAAGAGCCUGUCUGGAGGCGGAAGGAAUCAACUGGGUGCGCACACCGGCGGAAUCCCUUGAUCUGAGCCCCAUAGAGCUAGUAUGGCAUCUGCUGAAAGACUUUAUUAGCAGAGAAGCCAAGCCCAGCACCAACUUAUAUAACUUAUAUCAGCAGUGAGGUUUUUAACCAACAGUUAAACCAGUAAGAUAUAGCCAAUGUCCUUUAAACGGAAGCUCCAACAUUUUACUUUACUGGAAUGACAUUAUUCACAAUAUCUGCAGGAAAACAAACUUUUAUUACACAGGCAACACGGUGGAUUUGGAACUCGCUCUGCGCCGGCAUCUGAUGUUGGUUCACAGUCGCUAAAGCAAACUUCACAUUCCUUUCCCCUACUCCAUAUUGGCACAGAGAAUUGUUAACAUCUUGUCACUACUCGGUCAGCAGGUAAAUUUAAAUAAAAAUUGUAAAUUGUAUUAAACUCUCUAUGGUAUGCCAGAACACCAGGAGUCAGCAGAUCUCCGACUCAUUAAUGCAGCAAGUUGUUUGUUCUGCAUAUAUUGAUUCUGCAUGAUUAAUAAGGACUGCUUUACACUUAUAUAGCUGAAGACAAAACUCAAGAAGAGAUCGGACAAUUUGCUCAGCUGCAACAAGUCUGUGGAACGCUCUCCCAGAGCACAUGAGAACGCCACAGACUGCGGACGCUUCGUAAAACUUAUUUAUUUACCAGAGCUUUCAAAGUCGGCAAAAUUUCGGAGUCGCUCAGAUUUAUUUGUGACAUCUGAUUCUCCCGCAUGAAUAAUAUAAUAAAAUCAAACGCUGUCUGUGGGAACGCGCACUCGGUCUGUCUAAGCAUUCAGCUGCUUAUUUCGGUUUUGAACUGCUAUAAUUUGGAAAUACUACUAUACUAAAUAUUAUAAUCGCCUGCUAAAUAAUACAGGCAGCCGGCCCUAUUAGUCAUUUUUUACUAUCUUGUAGGCCAAAAUAUAAAAACGAGAUAACAACGCUGAUUGUUCAGUAAUUACAACUACUGCUCCCACCGAGAUUCUAACCCGAGACGAAAAACUGACAGGUCAAGACUGUUAACCAAUACACUAACCACUACACCACCAAGACAUUGUCAGGUAACUCUACACGGGCCCAUAUAACAUAGUACAAUUCACCACCUACAGGCCAAAAAAGAUGUAACACACGCUCCAACGCAUUAAAAACAAGGUGAGUUUGAAAACGGAUUACCUUUGACACUUUUAAGUGCUACGACUGUAGGUGCCUUGUCCCUCAGGAAACACUGCCCUGAGCCACAAGACUAAGUUAUAAUCCUGUUAUGAAUAGUCUAUUUCAGUCUAUUUAUUUUAUUUUAGUCUAUAGUAAAUUCUAUUAAUUCAGGCUGCAUAUGCUAUUGACAACCGUCACUAUUACCGUCAGCAGACGCUAAUCAAGAUGCAUAUUAUAUAAAUCAAUAAAUUAAACGAAAUGAGAAAUUGCCAUUGAGACAUACCUUGUGCCAGUUGAAGUGUAACCACUUGAAGUGUAACCACUUCAACUGGUCACGGCUAUGCGUUUCCUAGAUGUGGCGAACAACUUGGCUUGCGACACACCCCUAAAACAGAGCGCUGUGGACGAGAGCUUUAACAGACGUUUUCAGACGGGCUGUGUGGGUUUUUGGCAUAAAAAGUUACAGACACCUUAUUGAAACAUCAAGGUAUAAUUCUUUAGCAUUAUUUAGCGUGGAAAAUAAUGUGUGUGAGUGAUUACUAAACUAUAAAAUAGUCGUUAAAUAGUCAUAAUUUAUCAUUCAAAAGCAAAAAUAGUGCUAUUAAAGCAAAAGAUUUAGAUUAACACUAGAACUACUGGGUUUUCUAAAUAUACCCAUUCCCACUAGAAGGUGGUCAAAUGAUCUGCUCGGCUAGCUGAGACCCUGAAUCAUCUGUUAACAGCUGCCUUUGUUAGGUAAAGAGGGCCAUCACUGACGCACUCUAGGUGGUGGGUUGCGUGGGCUUGCUGACCCUGCUCCUGUCUGCAAGGCUGCACAGUUCCUAUGAGUCUAUGAGUGACAUCCACUGUUACAAUGUUCAACCGCUGUGUUUGGAUUUACAACGUGAAAGGACGAGUGUCACUGUUACGGUCUCACCGAAGGAAGCAAUAAGAUAUCAUCAUCAAUAAUACAAUAAGACAGUUUUAGAUCCUUCUCAAAUGUGGCGAAGCUUUAUUUAUUUACAAAAAAAACUAGUUCAAAUAUUGUUUGCACUGUAACGUCAUCAAAAAUUACAGAAAAGAUGACAGUACACUCAUCAAGUUUUAACAAAUGUGCAAUAAAAAAUAUAAACAGAAAACGCUUGAAAACGUUUUUUAUAUUCCGUUUAUUAAGUUAUUACUGCUUUCACCUGUAACACAUAAAGUCAUUGUAGAGCUACAACCAUGUUCCUACGAAGUUAACCAGAUGUUUAUUUCGUUAUUCCCUCUUUCAUGUCCGUCUGUUGAAUGAAAGUGGGCGUGGCCAUCCACGUAACAGAGCGGUGACACUGGGGAAGGGGAAACGCUCAUCAACACGCGGGACAAAGAUCUGCGUUUCUCUGCUGCUACAGCCUCGGCUGCGUUGGGUUGUUAGUGUCCCUUUCACCUCUACCACAUGAAAUGUGUUCCUGCUAAGUUGAUCUUAAGCUGCUAUCAGAAUCGUUUUUAUUCCCCAGGUUUGAACUGGGCAAACAUUAUUUUUAUUUACAAAAAAAUUAAAACGUUCACAUGUGAUUUGCCCGCUUUGAUGUAGACAAAAUUCUUGAAAGCGUUUUACAUUACAUCCCGUUUAUUUCGUUAUCCCCACUUUCAUAUCUGUCUGAUAAAUAAAAGUGGGCGGGGCUAUCAGUCCCGUAGCAAAGGUAAGCGCUGACUGUGGGGGCUGGGCGCAUCAACAUACAGGACAAAGACCUGUGUUCCUCUUUCAGCCUGUUGCUUUGGGCCGUUAUUCCCCCACUUACUGGAGCCACAUGUUGACAAAGUUGACCAGCCGCUUUUAUGUAGACACCAAACUCUAUAAAGCAUUUUACUUUACAUUCCGUUCAUUUCGUUAUUAAUAUACAUGUAAUUGCAAAUGCUGCUCUGAGCUCUUUUACUUUGAUGAGUUUUGUGUCUACAUGAAAGCGGGCAGAACAACGUCCAUGCGUGUGUCACGCUGAAAGCGAAACCUCUUGGGAACAUGGCUGUAGCUCUGCAAUGACUUUAUGUGGUACAGGUGAAAGGGAAAAUAACGAAAUAAACGGAAAUAUAAAACUGAAACGCUUUCAAGCGUUUUCUGUUUAAAUUUUUUAUUGCACAUUUGUUAAAACUAGAUGGGUGUACUGUCUUUUUCCUAAUUCUUAGUGACGUUACAGUGCAAAGCGUUUGGGAUUUUUUGUAAAUAAAAAUAAUGAAGUAAACGGAAUAUAAAACGGAAACGUUUCAAGCGUUUUCUGUUUAUAUUUUGUAAAUAAAAAUAAACCCGGUGAAUAAAAACGAUUCUGAAAGCAGCUGAUCAACUUCGUAGGAACACAUUUCAUAUGGUACAGGUGAAAGGGACACUAACAACCCAACGCAGCCGAGGCUGCAGCAGCAGAGAAACGCAGAUCUUUGUCCUGCGUGUUGAUGCGUGUUUCCCAUCCCCCAGUGUCACCGCUCUGGGACGUGGAUGGCCACGCCCACUUUCAUUCAACAGACGGACAUGAAAGAGGGAAUAACGAAAUAAACAGCUGGUUAAAUUUGUAGGAACAUGGCUGUAGCUCUGCAAUGACUUUAUGUGUUACAGGUGAAAGGGGAAAUAACGAAAUAAACGGAAUAUAAAACGGAAACGCUUUCAAGCGUUUUCUGUUCACCCAAACUAGAUGGGUGUACUGUCAUCUUUUCAGUAAUUUUUAGCAUUUGCAUGUUGUUGUAAAUGAAUAACGAAAUUAACAAAAUCUACGUUUAAAAAAACUGUGAAGAGUUCCGUGUCUACAUGAAAGCGGGCAGAACAACGUCCGUCUAUGACUCACUGCCGAAAGCGGCUGGUGAAACAUGGCUGUAGGUCUGUGAUGACUUAUUAUGUGGUACUGGUGAAAGGGGAAAUAACGAAAUAAAUGGAAUAUAAAACCGAAACGCUUUCAAGCGUUUUUUGGUUUAUAUUAUAUUUUUAAUUGCACAUUUGUUAAAACUAGACGGGUGAGCGGUGUACUGUCGUCUUUUCUGCAAUUUUUAGUAACGUUACAGUGAAAUAAUGUGUGAACUUUAUUUAGUUUUUUGUAAAUAAGCAAAGAAGCAAAACUGUCUUAUUGUAUUGUUGAUGUUUUUCAUUGCUUCCUUCGUUGAGACCGCAACAAUGACACUCGUCCUUUCACGUUGUAAAUCCAAGCACAUAGCGGUUGAACAUUGUAGCAGUGGAUGUCACUCAUAGACUCAUAGGAACCUGAGUAGGAACCCUGCUCUGCCUUGCAGGCAGCAGCAGGGUCAGCGAGCCCAUGCGUCCCACCCCGCACAGUGCGUCGGUGAUGGCCCUCUUUACGUAACAAAAGCGGCUCUUGGCAGGGUGCCAGGUGGAGCGUGGCGGACAAGUGAUCACCCAGCCGUAGUUAGGGGUAUAUGUAAAGGUGUACGUCCCUUAGUAGUUCUAGUGUUAAGUUCUUUCAAAAUAAAAGGCACAGUUGAAUGCUUCCAUGCUCAAUGCAUUGCUGAAGAAUGCAAUGAAGGUGGCAUAGCCCCCAUGAGCCCUAAGGCCCCUUGUGGACCACCAAGACGACGAACGGGAACCAGCGGCGUCCUCCUUGGACCACCGCGACGACGAACAGGAACCAGCGGCAUCCUCCUUGGACCACCGCGACGACGAACGGGAACCAACGGCAUCCUCCUUGGACCACCGCAACGACGAACGGGAACCAGCGGCGUCUUCCAUGGACCACCGCGACGACAAACGGGAACCAACGGCGUCCUCUUUGGACCACCGCGACGAACAGGAACCAACGGCGUCCUCUUUGGACCACCGCGACGAACAGGAACCAACGGCAUCCUCUUUGGACCACCGCGACGAACAGGAACCAACGGUGUCCUCUUUGGACCACCGCGACGAAACGUGGCCUCCACUGGACCACCAGGAACCUCAAGGGUCAAACGUGGCUUGGCGACAGGAACCUCACGCCGUGCUGCCAUCGGGGAAACAAGAAGCAGCCCCACCCUCAGAGAAGCGCCCUUCUUGGAGGGCAGACGUGGAGCCGGAACCGGAGCCAGAGACGAAACCAGACGUGGAGCCGGAACCGGAGCCAGAGACGAAGCCAGACGUGGAGCCGGAACCGGAGACGAAACCAGACGUGGAGCCGGAACCGGAGCCAGAGACGAAACCAGACGUGGAGUCGGAACCGGGGCCUAACACGACGAGGUGAAGGCAACAGCUGAUGUGCUGUCGCGCUGAAUCGCACUGAACGGCGCCACCACCUUAUGGCACCGUGGUGCAGGUACUGGGAGGUUCGGCUGCGGCGUUGACGUUCCACGCCGAGGGGCCGAAACCAGAACCAGAUGUUGUGCAACGGGACUGCCCCGCUGUAUUUCCACGCCCUGCGUCUCCUCCAAACGCUGGGACCGUGGAGUUGGCACAGCAGUAGUGAACUGCCGAUCUGCACCCGUCGACGCUUCCUCAUGGAAGUGCCUUGGUGCAGGUGUAGGAGUCUGAACAGCGGCAUCCUCACGCUGUGACUCCCCAUCCAGUGCUCCCUCCCAAGAGCGCUGGGUAAGAGGGUCUCCCGCUAACACGGUUGCCGGCCGACGGCCAGCGGGCUCCAACACUUGGUCCUCCAAGUGCCGGUCUGGAGGAGCGAGAACAGCAGCCCUCCAUUGCUGUCUCGUCGAGCGCAGCGUCCUCCGCCUUGAACGCUGACGUCUCGGGGGCUGUGCAACAGACGCAGUGAAGUUCGUUGUGCAAGCCGAAUCAGGGACGCCCAUCUUUGCGCCAACCCACGAGCUGGAGAUGAGCGACUGUCCAUGGAAGUCUGGGGGCCCGGUACAAAAACGAAACCCCGAGUCUGGAAGAGGGGGGCAAAAUAGUGCGCGUUGUAGCUCAUCGCGCAUCGCACCCACCUCAACCCACAGCUUUGCCACACCCGGGAACUCAAACAACCAGGGUUCCUCCCACAAAAUGUCAUCCAGCAGCUCGACUGCUCCUGACCUGGCCUCCGGCCUAGGAGCUUCAGUGCCUGCUUUCAAUAUGACCCCGUAGCGCAUCAAAAAGUGUGGGGACAGAUCUGGUCUUGCUGGAUCCAUGGCACUGAACUCGAACUGGUUACACACACACAGACAAACUAAACAAGUCGUACAAGCACGAAAACAAGACAAGCACCCAGUGAACACAAACACACAGCCUCACAAACAAGACAAGCUAUAGUGCUAACACAGACUACCCCUACAGUAGCGCUCCACUACACUAACCGGGGAAAAACAAAAAGAAAAGGGUCGGCUGGGUCCAAAUGGUUGGUGCAUUCUGUUACGGACAAGGGUCAAACUGGACUGAACUGUAUUUAGAAAAACACUCACUAUGAGUGGGGAACAGGCUACAAAGGCCUUCAAACUAAACUGGAGGGAGGACCCAAAUGCACAACCCACAGACAGGACUGACAAUAAGUGAUUUAAUAAAUAAAUAGAACAUACAGACUGAGAACAAUACAAACUAAGGACGCUGCGACUGCAGGAUAAGCCAGAAACAAAAAAUGCAAACUAACACAUAUAACUCACAGGUAAGACAAAAGAUCACUGCAGAGCAGGAAACUAAGUAGCCAUACUAAACACAAAACAUGCAAACAACAGUAUCCAACACAAACAGUGAACAAACACACAAACCUGGACAGAGCACAAGAGCACGACGACACUGCAACACGUAACAAGUAGUACGUAACGAGUAAUGCACCAACAAAGACUGUACCCAAACCAGAAACUUAAAUACUUACUAAAACAGGUGAUUCUAAUUAACCUAAUAACAGGACAUGACAUGACAGGAAAUGAAAAAACAAAGAACCAACCAAGAGGGCCUUAAUGCCACGUGAGCCAGAGUGCCCUCUGGCUGUCUGGAAGCUGACUCACAACAGAAGCUCAGUGUUUUAAAAUGGCUAAAUAGUCCAACACUGGAAAGAAUAGCUGAAAGUUGGAAAACAGUUGUGGAAACAUUUAAAACAGCUGAGUAGCUGCAAAGGAAGUAGUUGAAUUUUAAAUUUAGGAAAGUUGGAGCAUUGGAGGAAGCAUGCGCAAGUCUUCGCUAAACAGUAAAAUAGUCAUAUUAAAUAGUCAUAAUAAACUAGUUGAAAUCAGAAAUAUUGCUGUUUUUAGCUAGAAAUCUGGAUUAGUGCUUUUAUUUUGAAAGGAUAUGGAGGAAGCAUGUGAAGGUAAUUGCUAAGAAGUAAAGUAGUCUCAUAUACUAGUCAGAUUUACGUAUUCAAAAGCAAAAAUAGCGCUAUUAAAGCUGAAGAAGAAAAUUGGUGCUUUUAUUGUUUUAAGAAUUUGGAGAAGUUGUGUGUGCCUAAUUGCUAAACUAUGAAAUAGUGUUAUUGCCUAGUCUUAGUUAACCUUUCAAAGGCAGAAAUGGUGCUAUAAAAGCCAAAGAUUUGUACUGGUGCUUUUAUUUUGAAAGAAUUUCAAGGAGGUGUGUGUAUGUUUAAGACCUAAACUUUAAAAUAGUCUUAUUAAAUAAACAUAAUUGAACUAUGAAACAACAGCAAAUAUAGUGCUAUUAAGGCUAAAUAUAUAGAUUGGUGCAUUUAUUUAGAAAUGACUUGGACAACAUCUAUAUGCUUAAGAAACAGAAAGCUAAAAGUUGCAAUAGUUUAAAAGUAGACCUGAUGCAAAGCUGAAUAUGCUAAUGGAAAUCCAUCAAUCAUAGGUUAAUAAAAAGGCUCAUUACGUAAUCAUAAUUAACCAUCAAAGAUAGAAAAAUGCAAAAAAUAUUGUAAAUAUAACCACACACUGCUUCAUCCCUCUUCUUCGUUUGUGUCCUCCUCAUGUUUUUUUUUCUUUUUGCUGGCCCGAGUUGCUGAGUCACAUGAGAUCUCAAAGCAAGAAGGAGGGAGGUAGGGUGUUGCUGUGUGUCGGCUUCGCUCUGGCAUACGGUGCACAGGCAUGCCACUUGCACAAACUUAGAGAUGCAGAAAGACAAGAUAUUUAGGUUGCAUCUUUGAAAAAAAUUACAGCAGUGCGGAGGAGUAAGAAUUCAACCAAAGUAUAUUUUUGUCGGGGUAUUAUUUAAUAUCAAUACUAGUGUUGGUAUCAAUAUUAUCGAUAUUAGGAUCAAUCCGCCAACCCUAGCAUGUGGUAAGGUUCAUAGCUGGUGAGGCACAAAGUCCUCUGGAGUCAGAUUUUGCAAUCAUAAUACCUUAAAAGUGUGUAUUUUUCAGUAUUUAAUUUUCAGAAUGCAAAUUAAUACUGGCCACAUUUCACAUUUUAUCAUCAUUCCUAUUUUACUUAAAGGAACAUAUUCGGUUUUGAAGGUAAGAGACCUGACCUGUAAAAUGUACACUAUUUUUCACAAUUCAUACUCAUUCUAAAGUAUAAAGAUCAGAUGUAUCAGGCCAUUUACUGACAGUUUCAGCAUCAGGUCUGAGGCUCCUCUCGCUGAAGCCUCACUUCCGGUUUCUUGCCAUAUUAGAUCAGGAAAUGUGCAGAUUUAAGGAUUUUUUCUCAGAAAAUGUUAAGAUAAUUGAAAUUGUCAGGUGAGGUGUGGCCCAGGCUGACCCCCUGCCUACCCUGACCGCACGUCACUGGUCGCUUUGAAGUAAAUGCGACAUUACCAUUGAGACACAUCUUGCACCAGUCAAAGUGUAAUGACUUUAGCAACUUCCUUCAGGGUCAGAAUCUGGAUCAAAAAUGUGCUUGGACUCCACUACCGAAAGAACUGAAGCUAUUACUGCUCUCUUGCGCUCUGUGUUAUGUUGUCAUCUUCUUCUGUGAAGAAUUAAGGUGGCUUACAUGCCUAAUGUUGCACCUAUGGUCUCCUAACCCCGUGACGGGUCGCAGCCAUGACCAAAGCUGGUCCUUAAUCUUUAGGUUCAUAGAUGUCUACCGGGAUGGAAGGACAGUCAGAUGAUUUACCAUAAUGUCUUAAUCAACCAUCACCACCACCACCACCACCACCACCAAUAAAAGAAGCUGAAUAAAUGCAAAUCAUAAUUUAUUUGGUUUUCUUCAUUUCCUACAAAGGCAAUUGUUAGAUUUUAUGAUUCUUCCAAUAAUUCAUACAGUUCACCUGUAACUAUACACCCACCUCCAGCUUUUGUUUGAGAAUUUCAAUUUCUAGAUCUGUCUUUUCAAUCUGGCGGUCCAAGUAUAACUAUAUAAUUAAGAUGAAGUUUUUUUAGCCAUUUUUAGCCCCAAAGACACAAUUCCAGGGUAAAACCUAAAGGUGCAGUUUUAGUGUCUGACCUGUAUAGUUAGUGUCAAAAACCAAGUAUAGGCACAGUUCUGAGAUACAAUGUCUGGUUGGUUCGCCAUUACCAUUCUGUCUGUCUAGAUCUGGAAGUCCCACAGGAUCUUGGCUCGCUCAUUCUCUACCACCUUGGGAGGUGUUUCCCACUUUGACCUUGGGGUUUCCAGUCCAUACUCUGCGCAGAUGUUCCUGUAUACUAUGCCAGUCACUUGGUUCUGGUGUUCCAUGUAUGCUUUCCCUGCCAGCAUCUUACACCCUGCAGUUAUGUGCUGGACCAUCUCUGUGGCCUCUUUGCACAGUCUACACCUUGGGUCUUGUCUGGUGUGGUAGAUCUGGGCCUCUAUGGCUCUGGUGCUCAGGGCCUGCUCCAGUGCAGCCAGGAUGAGUGCCUCUGUGCUGUCUUUCAGCCCGGCCCUUUCAAGCAAUGGUAGGAUUUGUUGAGAUCAGCUACUUCAGUUAUGUUCCGGUGGUACAUCCCAUGUAAGGACUUGUCCUUCCAUGAUGGUCCCUCUUCCAGCAUCUGCCUGAGACAUUCACUCAUCACGUCAUCUGUUGGGGCCUUAUCCUUGAUGUACUUAUGGAUCUUGGAUGUUUAUCCCGGAUAGUGGUUUUCACACUCACUAAUCCUCGGCCUCCUUCUUUGCGGCAAGCGUAUAGGCUCAGGGUGCUGGAUUUGGGGUGGAACCCUCCAUGCAUGGUGAGGAGCUUUCGUGUCUUAACAUCUGUGGUCUGUAUCUCUUCCUUUGGCCACCUUAUUAUUUCCGCAGGGUAUCCGAUCACUGGCAGGGCGUAACUGUUUAUUGCCCGGGAUUUGUUUUUGCCAUUGAGCUGGCUUUUUAGGACAUGCCUUACUCGUUGGAGGUAUUUGGCUGUUGCAGCAUUACUUGUUGCCAGUUCAAGGUUGCCGUUCGCCUGUGGUAUUCCAAGGUACUUGUAAUUGUCCUCAAUGUCUGCUAUUGUUCCUUCUGGGUGUGAGACCUGUGUGGAUUACCUUGCCUCUCUUUGUCACCAUCCUCCCACAUUUCUCGAGUCCGAAUGACAUCCAAAUGUCCAAGCUGUAGAUCCUGGUGGUGUGGAUCAGCGAGUCGAUGUCUCGCUCGCUCUUGGCAUACAGCUUGAUGUCAUCCAUGUAAAGGAGGUGACUUAUGGUCGCCCCGUUUCGGAGUCGGUAUCCAUAGCCAGUCUUGUUUAUUAUUUGGCUAAGAGGGUUCAGACCUAUGCAGAACAGCAGUGGGGAUAGUGCAUCUCCUUGGUAUAUGCCGCAUUUGAUGGAUACUUGGGCAAGUGGCUUCCCGUUGGCUUCAAGGGUGGUUCUCUACAACCUCAUCGAGUUUGCAAUGAAGGCCCUUAGAGUUCUAUUGAUGUUGUACAGCUGUUGUGGAGAGGCAGGUUAGUGGCCGGUAGUUGGAUGGGACUGUGCCCUUUGAGGGAUCCUUCAUUAUCAGGAUCGUUCCCCCUUCGGUUAGCCAUUCAGGGUGGGUCCCAUCCCUUAGCAGCUGGUUCAUUUGUGCUGCCAGGCGCUCAUGGAUUGCAGUGAGCUUCUUUAGCCAGUAGGCGUGGAUCAUGUCAGGGCCGGGUGCUGUCCAGUUUUUCAUACCUGAGACUCUCUGUUGGAUGUCGGCCACUGCGAUAGUCACUGGAUUCUGAGGUUGCUGUGGUCUUCCCUCAGAUCCACCAGCCACUGUGCAUUACUGUUGUGUGACGCCUUCCUUUCCCAUAUACCUUUCCAGCCUUGGUGGGUCUGCUCUGCUGUUAUUACCCUCCAUUGAGAGACCUUGUUAGACCGGGCGAGGCGACGUCUGAGCCGGUAUCUCAUGUGGCUCAUUGUCUCUCAUCAUUAUGAGGUAGGCGGUAGCUUGAAGGGUCUUGCCCAAGGACCCACACUUGAUGCUUCUUCGCUCUAAUGGGGAUUCGAACCGGGAACCACAUACAAGUCCAGCGACUUUAUCGAUUGAGCUAUCCAGUGAACUUAUAUGUGUGUGUGUGUGUGUGUGUGUGUGUGUGUGUGUGUGUGUGUGUGUGUGUGUGUGUGUGUGUGUGUGUGUGUGUGAGAGAAAAGGAAGUAAAGAGGAGGAGGGAGAGCGCACCCCUCCUUUAGGGGCGUGGUGGGAUGGCACAGCUGCAUGGAAGCUGCGUGUGCCAGUGACCCCUUUGAAUGGAGCGCGUGUCUGGCGCUCACAGGAAAAGAAGCGUGUAAAGGAGUGUGAAGUGGGACUAGCGCGAACAAGGCUUGCAGUCUCACAAACACGUGUGGCUAUAUUCCGCUCCAGGCGUGCCAGGGCAGAGGGAAGCUCCAGAUGGACAGAGGCGACGGAGAGAAAGGGGAGAGCAAAGGUUGCUUGUUCCUGGUGAGAAGGUCUGGCGUUUCGUCGUGGAGAGAACAAGGGACUUUGGUCAUGGCAGCUUUUAUAACCGUGUUUUCGGUCACGCUGGUCCUACUGUUUGGUCCAAUCAGGAUGGCUGACGUCCAAGUUCGUCCGCCGUUUGUCGCUUGUAUCAACGGGGAGUUCGGACGUCUCAGCGGGGGAGCCAUGUAUGGUUCCCCUGCCUUGCGCCUGGCUUUAGCGCUCAAAAUUUGAAAUCUCUUUGUUUCCACUCACUACUAUCAGGAUGAAGACAUUACAUGCAGGCCGCAGUAUCUCCUUUGUUUGAGCAUGUGGGACUUUAAUAAUAAUUCUGUUAAUAACAGAUUAUACAGAUAAGGUCCCCCAACAGCAGCGUCUACAGCUGCAUAGCCGGCAGAAACAAAGUUGUCAAUGACGGUGUUAAUUGGACAUUUACAAACAGCAAUAGCUGAGGGCAGCAGAACAACAAUGUCCAGCAAAGCAGCAACCUUAUUAUGAUAGAUAGGUUCGCAAUCAAACUUACACAGAGCACCACCAGCACCAGACACCAAGAGCAUCUCUGGAGUUUGUGUAGAUGGUAACCGACUUUCCUUCUGCUAGUUUACUGGCAGUCAACUCUUCAGCCUGAGCAGAGUUGUGGCCUGGCAAAGCCUCAGACUUCCAGACGGCAGGCGGCAUGAGAAGUGUAGACUGCAUACCCAACCUGACAUUUGCCUGAAGCAGGGUCUCUGGAGGUGAAGCCACCAACACAGUUGUGAGGCUCGCCGUCGUCAGGGGUAUGUCACAUGAUGCCAGCACGGCUUUCUCUGCCACAGCCACUGCUCGUAGACACCGUGGAAUUUCGUCAGCGAGAAGAAGUGGACGAUGAAGAUGCCUUCUUCAGAGCUCUGAAUGUGGCCUCAAAGACAGUAAAGUUAGGAAUGAAGUUCCUACAAUAAGAACAAAGGCCCAGAAAAGUGUCCAGUUUAGGCAGGUUUUGAAUUGCUUCAACUCUUUUGGGUGAGAUGGAUUGCCAUCAGCUGUAAUUGCAAUGACCCAGAAAAAUAACUUGUGUCUAUACAAACAUACAAACUGUAAUUUAGACAAGCUCGCUUUGUGGCCUGUAGCAUCCAAUGUUUCAGUAGCUUAGUGGUGUCUACAGUAAUGCCAUCUAUGGCUUCCUUUCAGAGGGUAUUGUUGUUUACAUGUUCUGUGGUAAGAUGUAGGUGUGAUGACCACUGGUUCACAUCCUCUGAUCAAACUACAGCAUAUCUGUGUGCAGCCCACAGGGAAACCACUGUAAAAUAAACAUCAAAAAUCUUUUUGUCCGUUAGUAAAAGAAAUCGCAAGCACACAGGUGUUCAUCCCAAAACAGGAAAGUUGAGGUCAGUUUGUCAGUGUCUAUGUAAUCAUCAAACUCAACUCAAACUCUGGACCAGAAAACACGUGUCGUACAAGACAGAUCAGAAGCAUCUCUGGAGGUCGUAUCACAUGGGGAAAUGAGCUGUCAUGCAGCCUGCAUGAGGGCCACAGUUACAGCCCGCACUCAGCCACAGCAUUCUCAAAAUCACUUUGUGGAAUGUUUUGAGCAAAAGCGAGUCUUCAUUGCAUGUAGAUAACCAUGAAUUUGGAUAAAUUGAGCAAAGAUUUGGAUCAAUUGAGCGUGCAUCACCUGUAAGCAUGUUCCUUCAUUGUGUGCGUGGAAAUGUGCGUGUGUGUGAUUGUGGUAGCGUCUUCUACGUCACAUAAAAAGGAACCAUCACCUUCCUCCUUCCCUAACCAUCAGUUUGACGUGAACGCCCCAUCGGGUGGAGCCUGACAUAGCAAGGCAUAGUUCUUCUUCCAAUGCCCCUCCUGACCACACUGAUGACCAACAUUUCCUGAAUCCUCGGAUGCAGCUCUAUUGGGCCAAUCAUGUCUAAAGCCUCUCCUGUUGUUGUUGUUGUUUCAACCAGUGUCUACAAGGACGGCAGAUGUAGCUCACUCUGCUGUUUUUCUUUUCCUUAUUUUCCUUUGCUGAAGAUUGUCAUAAGCAGGUGUCUGUGUCAGACACACACGCUUCCCUUUUCCAUCCAAUGUAUCAUAGUUUCACAGCGCAGAACUGGUAGUAGCUGGUGAGUCUGCCCAGAAUGUGAUGGCUGCAGAUGUUGUGGCAGUCAGGGAGGCAUCCAUCCUGUGGUCAGCUGCUGUGGUAUCAGAACUACCACCCCAGCUUCCGUUUGUUGGUCAGGAGCUUCUUCUCCUUCGGUUCUUCUGCUGACGGUGGGAAAAGAGUCCAGAUCUAGAUUUGCGAUCAGUUCUGCAGAAUAGAGAGAGCAGAGAGCAGAAACAAUGGAAAUAGAAUUAAUUUGUUCACGACUCACUCAACUGAGCGUCCUUCCUCGGGGAUUCGUUCUUUUUUCAUGUGACAACUAGGCCGCGCCGGCUUUGUGCGGGCAGCAAGCUCUCCAGUUUGCUCCUGGUUUGUUUGUAUGGAUCCUUAUGGAUCUUUUGUCACGUGACAGCUGUAGAUCAGCUACGGCGCUGUGUGGACUGAUAAACAAGGAAAUGAUUUAGAUCUGAUAUUUGACUUUCAUAUUUGACACCCAGUAUACAUGGAAUCAUCAUCAUCUCGUUGUUCACAGCUCAGGCUCUGUGGCAAGCAGCAAGUACUACAGUUCUUUUAGGAUUCAUUCAUACGGAUUGUUUGUUUGUUCAUUUUUCACAUGACGGCCAGGCUGCACAGGCUCUGUAGCGAGCAGCAAGCGCUCCAGUUCGUUCCUGAUUUGUUCCUACUGAUCCUUACGAAUCGUUUGUUGGUUCGUUCAUUUGACAUGUGACCGCUACCAAGCGACUGUCACGCUGUUAAACAACAAUGGCAGGGAAGAUGCAGGACAUAAGCCACGUUAAUGUGGUGCGUAUUUGCUAGGUUUUCACAUGAUUUAAAUUGUUUGUGGCAUUUUGUGAUUAUAAUUUGUCUACUGAAACAAAUCAUGUUGUUUUCAGAAUAUAGUGUUUGAGAACCACAGCCAUUUUUACAACGCCCACAGCUCUGCCUGCUGUAAAUAAACAAAAUUAACGAAUGACUUGAAAUGAUUCAUUCACUUUACUGUUUGAGAGUUAAAGAUCCAAGUCAGUUAAAAGAAUCGAACUUCCCAUCUCUAGUGUGUGCAUGGUGGCAGCAUGCAGACACAUUCUUCCACAGACAUGUUAUCUACUUUUUCCCGUUACUCUCAUCCCUCAUCAUCUUUUUUUUUUUUUACUUUUAUAGGUUUUGUUUCGAUAGUUUGCUUUUUCAAAUCUCUUGUUCUUUUGUGUCUGAUUUUUCUUUUAAGGUGCGUAUGUCCUUUACACUAAACGAUUCUCCUUUUGAAACCAAUAACCUGGAACCAACCAGAUCUGGCGACAGGGUCUACCCUGAAGUAUUUUCUCAACGCCCCCCUACGACCCGUGUCCCUCAUAUCUUGAAAAAACUUCACUCUGCGAACGUAGGUCUGUCUUACUUAUUUCCCCACUCGCAGUUUGGACUGCGCUCAGAUCUGUAUCCUUGUCUGUACUCCCGAAACUCCCUUAGCAACCGUCGUCUCAUCACCACCGUUUGUUUUCCCAACUAGUUGAAAUGUUUCAGCCAUAUUAAAAAUAAAAAGUUUCAAUCUCUUUUUUUUCCCCAAAUGAAAUCAAUCACCACAGAAAGAAAUCUCUCUCACCGGGCCAGGCCAAGUUUCAGUUUGAAUUUGAGUUUGUUGGAUCUCGUCAGAGGCAAUUCAGAUGAUCCAGAUCCAGAUGGGUGAGCAGUCCUCCCAUCUCUGAAUGUCUGUAGAGGUUUGGAGGCUGAGCGACCAGGGAGUAUCGUCCCUGGUCACACCGCCAGACGACCUGCAGCAGAUCCUGUUCUUGGCGCAAAAAAAUGUGGUGGAAAUUUUCCAUAAAGAGGCAGAUCAGAGAGUUGUCCUUUUGUAUGAUUUAUUUUAAAAAUAAAGGAAAAUUAAAAUAAUGGGGAAAGCAUAUCAAAAACAUGGAUGUUGAUUGGGCACAUCAACAAACCAAAAACCAGCCGGGGAGUCGUGAGUUAACCCCUUUCCUGGCCCUGGUGAAAUAUCUCUCUGAACCAAUCAAAUUGUUCGUGCCACCUUAUGUGAGAAUGUUUACAUGCAUCAUCAGGGUCUUGUUAUCAGAAAGGAAGGAACACCAAGCUUCAAAGAUGAGAUGCACUCAGGUUUUAUGGCCUUGGGCCUGGUGGGAAGUCAGAGACGGGGGUGCAAAAGACAAGCACAGACCAUAAACUAUUAGUCAAUCAAACAGAACAUCGGAUGUAUAAACUUGAUGUGCGACAGGACACAAGAGAUAAGUUGUUUGUGAAAGAAUGUUCAGUGUUGAACCUAACCAGUCACAAAGCACAUAAUGACUGUGUUGGAUAAGAAAAGCACAAAGGCACAAUUUUUCCCUUAACAGCACGAUUUUUUUAAGAAUCUUACAAAUAAAGGGUGAAUUUGAAAUGGGCUUAUAGUUGGCUAGUUCUCCAGGGUUCAGAGUAGGUUUUAUCAAAGGUCUUCAUCAAAGGUUUGACCACAGCCUGUACAGGUACAGGCCUAUAUGGAAAGAUUGGUUGAUUUGAUUUAAUAUGGACAAACUGAUCAAAGGUACAACUUCUAUUAGUAAUCUGGUUGGGAUUGGGUCUAAAAAAAGUUGUUGGAUCUAGACAGUGAUUUCUGUUAUUUAGAGGAAGUCGCUGAUGAAGGUCUUCUCUUAUAGGGAUAAUUUUAUUAGUAAAGUGGUUCAUGAGAUUUAAGGGAAUAGUAGGCUAAACACAGCUAUGACUCUUAGUCAGCCUGGCUACAGUGCUAAAAAGCUGUUUUUGUUUUCCUCAAUUAAAGAGGAAUUAUAUGUUUUCCUAGCAGCACAAAGUUUUUUUUUUUAAUAUUAUUAGACUGUCCUUCCAUGCUUCCCUUCUAGUUGUCGAGUUCUGUGCUUUAGGCUGCAGAUCUCUGAGUUCCUCUCUGUGUAGCUACAAGACAAUGAGGCAAAAGAUGAUGGAAUUAUCUGCUUUAAUCUGGCAACAGCAUUGUUACAUAAACAUCUGCUAUAGUAAGAUUCCUUUCCAGCUGCUGCAAGGUUAAUUCUGGUAAAUUCAAAAGUUAAUAAGAAAUGGUCAGAGGGUUUUGGGAAGAACUAUUAAUUUAUUUGUUUCAACCCCAUUUGUCAGGACAAGAUCCAGGGUAUGGUUAAAAUGAUGAGUGGGUUAAUUUACAUGUUGAGUAAAACCAAUAGUGUCUAUUAAUGAGUUAAAAGCAGUGCUGAGAGAGUUACUGUAAACAUCUACUUGAAUGUUAAAGUCGCCCACUACAAUGACUUUAUCUGUGCUAAGAACUAAUUCAGAUAAUAAUUCAGUUAAGAACUCUGAAUAUGGAGCAGGAGGACGAUAAACAAUACAAAACACAACUGACUUCUGACUUUUAGAGUCUGGGUGAUAAAGGCUCAGAGUGAGACUCUCAAAUGAAUUAUAACUAUGUUUGAGUUUAGGAGUAAUUAAUAAAUCUGAGUUUAUAGAAUAAAUCAAUUGCUGCUGCUCUUCCACCUCGACCUUUACUUCUAGGAACAUGAUAGUUGAUGUGACUCACUGGAGUUGACUCAUUUAAACUGACAUAAUCAUCUGGCUGCAGCCAGGUUUCAGUGAGACAGAACAGAUCUAAUGUAUGGGAUGGCCACUUAUCAAGUCAUUUAAUAACAAGGAUUUAGAUGAGAGAGAUAUGAUAUUUAAUAAAGCACACUUAAUAACUUACUGUUACUUUGUUCUGUAAGAGAAACUGUUUUGAUGUUUAUUAAAUUU